UGCGGCCAGGCGCCGCGGAGAGCCUUGCAGUCGCGGUACCGAGAGCCCGCCCGGCCGCCCUCUGCUUGCAAAUCAACCUCGGAGGGGAGCAAAGCGCCGGGCUUGUAGGAGAAAGGCAAGGGAAAAGCGGGCAUGGGGAACCAGGUGGAGAAGCUGACCCAUUUGAACUACAAGGAAGUUCCCACGGCUGACCCGACAGGUAUGGACAGAGAUGAGGGGCCCAGGAUCGGGGUGUCUUACAUCUUCUCAAAUGACGACGAUGAGCUGGAGCAGCAGCAGGAUUCGGUGCACGAUCUGGGAGGCGAGCAUCCUGCCUUGCAGCCGUACGAUCCCCAGCUGCAUGAGGUGGAGUGCUCCGUCUAUUACCGGGACGAGUGCAUCUACCGGAAGAGCUUUUCCGAUGAGGAUACACUACCAGAGGAGGGUGAUGAAGGAGGUGGGGGGCACCUGAGCACCUAUACGCCAGAGAACCUGUUGAAUAGAUGCAAACCGGGUGACUUGGUGGAGUUUGUGUGCCAGGCCCAGUAUCCACAUUGGGUAGUCUAUGUUGGGGAUUUUCAAGUUGUGCACCUGCACAGGCUGGAGGUAGUGAACAGCUUCCUGACUGAUGCCAGCCAGGGCAGACGGGGCCGCAUUGCCAACCGGCUGUACCGCUACAAACCCCUGAGCCCAGCCACUGUGGUGCGCAACGCCCUGGAGCAGGUGGGCUGCAAGGAUCGGGACUUGAGCUGGAGAAACUCGGAGUGUUUUGCUGCUUGGUGCCGGUAUGGCAAGCGGGAAUUUAAAAUCGGCGGGGAGCUGCGCAUAGGCAAGCAGCCCUACCGAUUGCAGAUCCGGCUGGGUGACAAGCGCAGCCACACGCUGGAGUUUCAGAGCCUAGAGGAUCUGAUUAUGGAGAAGAGGAGAAAUGACCAGAUUGGUAGGGCUGCUGUGAUCCAGGAGCUCUCCAGCCACCUGCAGGCUGCAGAGGAGGAGGAAGAAGAGGAGGAGGAAGAUCAUCAUCCAGGUGCUCGGACUGCUGUGGAGUAGCAGCCUCAGCACUACCAUGCUGCUUAGGCUGGGUGAUGGGGAUUAAAACUGAAGGCUGCGAAAUUGAGCUGUUAUAAGCCCUUUGGGCUGCUUCAGUGCAGCUUCAUUCCAAUCACAUGUGAAAGGAAGGGGGAAAGCUGAUUAAGUGUCUGUGCUUUAGUGCUUAACUCCUUCAGUGCUUGAUGGUUAAAACCACUGACUUGUAUAGGAUAAAACUCAGGGCGAUCCUACCCCCUCUCCACUCCCAUUUCUUUCCCUUCUCUGUCCUCUGUGUGCGUAGUCUUUCCAUCAGCUGUCUGCCAAUAGGCCUGGCCCUAUAGGAUGCUAAAUGCCUUUAACAUCUAUUUAUCAGCAGAAGUUAGGGGUAUUUAAUACUAUUAAGAAGGAGCCAACAACUUCCAGGUUAUGGUCACCUAGUUCUGCGUGCAUGAUUACCUAGGGUAGCAAAGAAGCAUGAGGACUUUGUUUUCCUUUGUGCCCCUGUUUCUCUUCAGCUGUGGUUCCUGUUGGCAUUAUAGCAAACUGUUUGCUAUUUCCAGGUGCAAGGCUUCUGUGGCUUCUCAGCCAGCCCCCUAAAAAAGCAUAUGGGAGAAAUUGCCACUGAUUUUAGUGAAAUGAUUUUGAUGUGCCCAGUGCUGCCUUAAAGGAACUUCUAGGUGGGCUAGAGGAGUGCCUUCUCUGCUAUCAGCAUGGCUUCAAGAGCAGAGGAUGUAUUUAUCACUGAAUGGUCCCAAGGGAGGAGGGAGCUUGCAAUCCUGAUCAUGAAAUCUGUGUGCUUGUGUGUAGUGGGACUCAUACUAGGGCAGUGCAGAACUAUGCCAACGCUCAACCCCAGCACAUGAGGUGCUUGGAUUCCCCUAAAGCAAAUGGCAAAACUCUCAAUAACAGUGGUGCACACAUUGAGGCAGUAGAAGCAGGUUGGUCACAUGCACUAGAAUGUCCAAGCAAGCUGUCCCUCAAGAGGGUGGGUUGGAUGCCCUGGCCGUGAGCCCAUCACAGGUUAUGCACUACAGUAAACAAAGCUGCCAUAGGAAACGCUAGGAUGGAGCACAGGAUAGAAGGGCAGCAUAGGCAGGAUUUGGGUGUUCCUCUUUUCCUUCCUUACCACAAACAAAUUUCCACUUCAUUGGGACUUUUGCCUUCCCCCCCCCCCCUUUUUUUUUUUUGCUAAGUCUUCAUGGUAUGCACUGAGCUAUAGCAUUAGCAAGGAAAUGCCUUAAGAGUUGUUGUACGAGCCCUUUAUUAAGCAUGAGGGGGGAGUAAGGUGCUACCUGCCUUGGAUAUUCCCUGAACUUGUUCUCAACGAUGCAGCUGUUGAACUAUUUUCCCACAAAUACAAUACUGACAUGUCUUUGUCCAUGGAUCUUAAGAGUGUGAGCAAACACUGAUUCAAAGGCCGUUUCUAAUGUGAAAUUCCUACCCCUAGGACACAGUAGUGAUGAACUGAACUUGAAAAUAAGCUUGUUCAUUUAAAUCAUAAAAUUAACGGUGUGAUGUAAGCUUGAGGCAUAGUAAAUAGUCUUCCCUGCAGUUGUUUACAGUUAUACUGCAAAGUACUCCAUGUCCUUUCCUCCUCUGAGAUGAGAGCAAAGUUUGCCAUUCAAGAAUAAGUAGAUACUGGCUCUGGUUAGUUAAGACUAUAUGAAGCAACUUCCCUGAAUAUAAAAGCACAAUACAGCCUAAAUAGCUUUGUAUUGUUGUGCCUGAAACACACAAUCUAGAAAAAAAGCUUCUGUGCUGUGAAAGAUUGCUUUGUGCUCACUUCAGGAGGAGAAACCAGCAGCUUCUAGAGUUAUGCAAAAUACACUGUAUUCCCAUGCUCUAAUUUUGGGGCUGUGUAAUGCCCAACUCCAAAGGAGAAUUUAACACCAAACUCCCUUAGAAUGCUAUAGCUCAGGUGUCUGUACUAAUGACAUUUUUCUUCAGUAUGCACUUCAGCUGUACUCAAGUUGCUGUGGUUCCCAAAUAGAUGUGCGACCUUGCUUUAAAAGCAUAACAACUAUCCAUGCCUGAACUGUGAUAGGGUUAAUAUGUGGGCAUCUGCGCACAGGUUUUAUACAACAACCAGUAACCACUCAAAGCUGAAAUGAUCACUGAAAUUGUCCUAAAAAGAAUGAAGGAAGGUCUCUCUUGUACUGACUGGUAGGAAGCAGAACUGAGGUUAUCUAGACAAUGAGUAAAUGCCUGGCUGUUAUUUCUUUAGUACUGAAACCUUGUACAUAACAAAGUUUAUUUCACUGUGUAAUAUACGUAUGUAAAAUAGUAUUUUCUUACAGAUAUUUUUGAAAGAUAAAAAAUAAUUCCAUCAUAAGAACCUUGCAUCUUAUGUUUGAAAGUAAAUUGUUAUACACAUUAUUUUGCAGUACUUUGAAUGGGUUUAUUUUUCAUUAGUGAUCUGAAGUAUAUUCUAGGUCAUAAAGUAUAAAAGUUGUUAUAAUUGUCAAAUAUUAUGUAUCUACAGGAUACUAUACAGUAAGCUAGUUGUGAAAAUAUUUUUCUCUUGCAUCUGAAACAUCAGAGCUAUGACACUGAGACAUUUCUCUCUGUCUGAUAUAUCCUGCCUAGUCUGGCUUUGUUUUCUGUGGGUUUUUUUUAUUAUUCUUUUUUUUUUUAAUUUUUUAUUUUAAUAAAAGAGACCAAAUCUGCUGGAGAAUGCAGAACAAAGCUCCUUUGACUAAAUGAAAUUGUGUCUUGUGCUGAUCUCAGUGCUUCGCUGUACCGGUCAUGCUGUUUGGGAUAAAUUCCCAUACAGGCCUAAGCAAAGAAUCUCAGAGCUUGUCCUGCCUUGCUAGAACCAAGAGUGGAGGGGGGAGCUUGCGCUACAGCAAAGCAGAGUCUGCUAUGCCAUCUACUGUAGUAUGAAACCUACCUAUUUCUUCAGCACCCAGGAUAUAGGUGCUUUGUGUUUAAAACACGUGCAUAUGUUUGGAGUACUCAAAUUUCUGUCAGUUAUAUCUGGGGGUUUAUGCAGUCUCCUGCAAUUCCGUUGUAUGCAAAAAUGAUAGGGGAGGGAAGAUGCCUGGAAGAUAGAUAUAUAUAUAUAUAUAUAUUAGUCUGGUAGAGGGCUACUUCAUACAGUGGUUCCUCAUCUCAACAGCUCGAGAUGCAACUGUUGAAUUUUUAAUGGGUGGGUCCUUUUUCCUACUUGUUGAUUAGGCAGUGUUAUUUAAUAGGUGCUAUUAAACACCACUGACCACGUUUCUAAGCAGUCUGGUUUUAAAGCUAUGGACCUGUACUGAGCUGAAUGGGCGAACAGGGCUUGUUGUAGAAGCACAUUGCAGUUGCUUAGUUUCUUGUCUUUGCUGUGUUUAGUUAUUGUCUGCAGACUAGAGCAGCAUUUCUAGAGCUUGAUUUUAAAGAAAAAUCUCCCAAGAAAACAGGCUUUCUUGAGUAUAUGUCUUAUGCCAAGAGUUUUGAUUAAAAAAGAAAAAGAAGGAAAAAGAAUAGACAAAAGUGCUCUUCUCUGCAGCUUGUUCUUGAACAUACAGAAAUUCUGGUGUGACCCUUCCAUAGAACUAGCUCUGUGAAGGUCCUAAGCCUGUACUGAAGUUUGAAGAUCCUACUUUGAGAUGCUUGACAAUCACUAAGACUAUUCACGUGCUUGACAUUAAGUGUAUAUUUACCUUUCUUUCUGAGUAAGAGCCUAGAAUUUCAAUCUCGGGUCUCCAGUAGGAGUGUGGAAAAUCUGACAUUGCAUAAUCACAUGCUCUGUGAAAGCUGUUGCUAAAAGGGCCUCUUGACCAAGCAAGAUUUGUGGAAUCCAGUCCAAACUUUGGCCUUGGUUUCCCCCUGGAAAUCACCCAGGGAUAGCACUGAUUCGACAAAAGGCUAGAGAGAUGUAUUAUGCGGUAGCUGUAAACUAAGACGAUGAUCAUGCUGCAGACUGUUUUCUGACAUCUGUCUGUCUUGUCAUGCUUGAACUUUGCCUUGCAUUUUAAAUAUUUUAAAAAUUUUUUCUUUUUUUAAAGACCCUUGAUUGUGCAAACACUUAAUCAUCCAUAUGAAUUUACUCAUUUGGCCAUGCUUACUGCUACUGAUAGGAGGACUGUUGUGGAUAUCAUUAUGCAUAUGUUAAGGCUGGCAAGACUAAUCCCCAGAUGUGUAAAUGUAGAUCCAGCUAGGAAAUGUAGAUGAGCAGUUUUAUUUCCUCAGAGUAUUAGUAUGUUUGAUGCAAAUAAUGUCUUUGAAAAGGCUUUAUAGUAAAACCUACAAUUAUCGCUUGAUUGAGUAAUUUUAAAAACACAAUUUAGACAUUCACCUUCCAUGGUAGGGAACAAGGAUUUACACUGAGGUCUAUUUCAAGUUAUCCCUGCUUCUAUGUGAAUGUAAAGUAUUGAUUACAGCAACUCUCUAGGGCUCAGCAGGCCAGUGUAGCAGCCGGUAGCAAGGUAGGCAGGGGAAGAAACCCAAAAGCUAUUUGAAAAACCGUAUUUUCUUACUUCGAAAAAAUAUUUUCUUCAGACUCAGCAUUCUAGACUUUUAGGGUAAACUUUCAGUUAUUUCUAUUAAUGAAACUCCAGGCAAACUAUUACUUUUUUAAAUUUAAAUUCAAUAUCCUAUUUCUAGUACUAAAAUAGAUGAUAUUGUAGGAUGAAUACAUUUCAUAUUUUGAAUAUAAUAAUUUUCUUUUUCUUUUUUCCCUUGGGUUGGGUCUUACCAAAGGUCUGUCCUUGGGUGUGUGAGGGUUUUUGUCAAGUGAUUUGCCACCCCCAUGCUUUCCCGACAACUAACUGUACCAACCGUAAUUAUAACAGCCAUAUAGGAACAAAUAGUUUUUGAAAACAAAAUUUUAAUUUUUUUAUAACAGAUCAGAGAUGAGUAACUAAGUAGAGGUAGGAAAUGCAUUGUUUCCAACAGCAGUUUCUAUUUAUAAGAAAGCUACUGUUGUUUGAGUGUAUGUGUUGACUUGGCCACCUUACAGACUUUUUUUUUUUUUUUUUUUUUCCUAGCAGUGAAAAGAAGAGAUCAGGGUAACUUCGAACAGCAGUGGUUUAGAUGUUUCAUUAAUAUUGAAUUAGCAACUUUCUUUAAAUACACAAAGUUUCUGGUAUUGUAACAAUUCAUAGAAUCAUUCACAGUAACAAGUGUAAUCACAAAGUAAUGAUUUUUUAUUUCUCCAUGAGCCUUUUCUGUAAGCUGUCUUUUGUCGGUAAAUGUUGAAUUGUUAGUGCAAAGAUCACUUCUUUUCCUGAGAAAGAAGUACAGAUCAUUGAUUGUACCAUUUCCUUCAAAAUGAAGGGCAUUGCAUAGUGACUAAAAAGAAAUAAAAGAUUUAUAGUAUCUUUUACAAUCUA